AUGUCUACUAUCAAUACUACAAUCAAUCAAUUGAAUGCAGCAGCAUCAGCAAUUGUACUUGUGGUAUCUAUUAUCAAUUUUGUACUAGGUGUCGUUGGACAGUUGCUCAAUUUACUUGUUUUUACUCGUCCUACACUACGCCGAGAACCAUGUACACUUUAUUUUUUAUCAUCAACAUGUUUCAAUUUAUUUAUUGUAUUCAUUGUAAUACCUGUACGCAUUCUUGCCAAUGCUUUCGGUAUCGAUCAAACUGAUUACAAUAUUGGACUAUGCAAAAUAGAAAACUUUACUUUCUUUAUGGUACGUCCCAUCUCUUGUUGGCUGAUUGCAUUUGCAUGUGUUGAUCGUUUUCUUCAUAGUUCAACAAAUGUAAGUAUUCGUAGAUGGAGUUCAUUGAAAACAGCACGAAUAUCGAUUGGCAUCAUUAUCGUUGCAAUGGCAAUUUUGUACAGUCAUAUGAUAGUUUAUUACGAAAUAAGUUAUAUAACCAAUCAAUAUGGUAACAUCGUUCCAUCGUGCAACGCUCAAAAGGGUAUCUACCGUAACUUCAAUACAAUUUGGCAUACGACUUUUUACUCACUUUGUCCAUCUUUUCUGAUGAUUUUUUUUGGUUCUCUUACACUAAAAAAUAUUCGUCAACGUCGUCUAAUACAUCCAGUAGUUGGUGGAAAUAAUCGAAUUGGCAGACGUACAGAUAGUCAACUGUUGCGCAUGUUAACUGCUCAAGUGUUUAUCAUCAUAAUAUCUACUUUACCCUAUUCAAUCUGUCGUUUAUAUGUUUCAUUUACUGCAAAUGUGUCUAAGGAUACACUUCGCAUUGCUCAAGAGAAUUUAGCAUCUCAAAUAGUAGGUGUAAUGAGGUAUUUUGCUCAUGCAAGUAGUUUCUACCUAUAUACAUUGACUGGUGUCGUUUUUCGUAAAGAACUCUUCAAAAUCAUAACUCGUCAUUUACCUAUGAAUAGACAUGUUGCUCAUAUACAUGAAGGCAGAACUAUUCAAAUAUCAGUUUUGCAAAACAAUCGUCAAGAAACUCCUCUACGUACUUCUUCUAACCGCCAAUAA